UUUCCGUAUUCUGUGUUUCGGUUCGUUGCCCCACCAAGUUUUUUUGCAAUGAACGGCUCUGACCCCUAUGGCAGGCAACCGAUAUUUAGAGUGCCGUGUUUGUCUCAACGUUUUGUACGAACCGGUGUCUCUGACAUGUGGACACGUGUUUUGCUGGCCAUGCAUUUACCAGUGGUCAAGCACCAGCUCAUGCUGCCCUGUUUGCAUGCAGCGGAUGACGGAGUAUAUUCCGUUGUACGUUGAUCUGCCGCUGGAUUUGGACAGGGAGGUUGAUGGGCGUGUUCCGGCGCGACCGGAUGCCGUGUGUACGAUCAGGGACCGUGUGAAAAAGAGAAAGGCGCGCAUGUGGAGCCGAAGGGGGCUCGAGAUCUUUUUGAUACUCCUUUUUCUGUACAUUGGUUUUCAGCUUGCAUUCAGGAGAGAGAAAGGGUAGUGGCGGUGAUCUGAUGUGUGUAAUUGAUGUUCGUAUGACACAGUGGUGGCUGGGGGUGUGGUUUUAAACAGGUUUUAGAUAAAACGAGAA